AUGAGCAGCUCAGAAACGCCUAGCCCGACAAGCUCGGGCAGUGAGCCCAAGCCAGACCGUGUCGAAGAAGCCCGUCGUGUGGUGGAUGAGGCCACAUUCAUCGACGACAGGGGAUGUCGUCGAAUGAAGCCAAAAGAAUGGAUGGACUGUGUCGUUGUUCCCCUACCCGAAGCUUGCAAUCAGAAGUCAAGUGAACUCAGCACUUCCGGCAGGGAGAUCGAUGUUCUUGUGAAUGGCUUUCCAAUCACAAAGUAUCCCAAGAAGCCUGUCUACAUGUAUGAGCUCCAAGUGAUUGCCGAAAUUCAGGCUCGAGAGGAUAAGAGGCUUCUUCCAACCCUGGACCAACGGCUCAUGCGAACCUGCUUUGAGAAGAGCAAGGAGCGAAUGAGACUGCUCCCUGAUGCUAUCCAUGACGGAGCUCACAUUGUCUGGUCUUUGCAUGCGCUGGAUCGAGGAGGUAUCAGAGAGAAAAUUACCUUCGACUCCCCAUACAGGCACUAUGAAGGCCCCAAGAGAAUCGGCGGACUCGAGGCGAAGAACCCAAAAUCUCGAGAAUUCCUCACUCUGCUAUCGGAGGUUCAGUUCCGUGUUAUUCCAAAGCACAAACUUAUGGUCAAAGUCAUCCAAGACUGGCUCCAAAAGAAGCGAAAGUUUGACGAGCAGGUGAUUCAGUCAUUCAUGUUCCUUGACCACCUUAUUCGACACCAGCCUCGAUCCAGGUUCUUUGAACACAAGCGUUCAUAUUUCUUUGAAGAGAUUCACAAGCUGGGUGAAGAUUUUGCUGAAAUGGCACACAACUUCCAUUUCCAGCUGGGGUACGGCGCAACUGUUUACCGAGGAGCAUUCCAGACAAUCAGAGCUUUCCCGCGUGGUUUGAUGCUCAAUGUCGAUACUGCAUAUGGUGUCUUCUUCUCCCGCAUCGGGCUUAUGGGAGUUAUGGCGGGGCUCCUGGGAGAUAUACAUCAAGACGACGUUCCCAAGCUUUGCAUGCCUGUUCACAAACCACAUAUCAAACCCGACUGGGUGGAGUGGUCCAAGUCCCAUGUCGAACUCGACAAGAUGCUCCAGGGUCUGCUGGUCAGUCCCGAGUUCAAAGGGUGUCCCAACCCGAACAGAACGUUCAAGAUCCGAAAGCUUGUACCCGCCAGCGCAAGUGAAUACAUGCUUGACAUCAAGGACCAUGCCACAGGUGCCGUCAAGAAGCAAUCUGUUCAAGAAUACUUCAGGAUCAAGUACAAAAUUGAGCUCGAGUACCCUACCAUGCGCCUUGUGGAGAUGCAAGAACGCGACGUGGUUUAUCCCGCCGAGCUUUUGGCUCUCAAGGGCCUUCAGCGAUACAACAGGAAGCUUAGCGUUAAGAUGACGUCCAAAAUGAUCAAGUACACCGCGCAAAAGCCACACGAUCGAAAGGAGCACAUCAACUGCUGCAAGAGACUCUUUGCACAUGACAAUGACCCCAAUCUGGCGCUCUAUGGCAUGGAGAUCUCGCAGAAGAUGUACAAAACCAAAGCCCGGCUACUUGCUAAUCCAGAAAUCCAAUUUGGGAACUCAAAGGUGAAUCCGGGCACGACUGGCCGUUGGGAUCUUCGAGGAAAGAAGUUUUACAAACCACACUCCGAGCCUCUGGCUUGCUGGGCAAUUGGUUACUAUAACCAUGAACGGAAUAGCCUCAAUCAGCAGUUGAUCGACGAAUGGCGGACUAACUUUGUCAGGGCAUUCAAGCAGCAUGGUGGCAUUGUCAAGAGCAACCCCGUAUCGUUGUUGAUGACCGAGGACAUCGGGACCUCUGUGACCAAACUUCAUGAUACUGCUAAGAAGGCCUACGGUGAACCUCCUCAGCUGAUCAUCAUGAUCACAUCCAACCAGGAUGUUGGCCAGUACGCCCGCCUCAAGAAGUCCUGCGAUUGCCGAUAUGGAGUUCCUUCACAGGUUCUUCAGCACGGCCGGUGCGAGGGUGGAGGAAAGCCUCAGCUUCAUUCCAACGUGGCCAUGAAAAUCAACGCCAAGCUUGGAGGUGUUACGGCUCGGGCUGUUCCUACCUCCGCUGGCACAGGCCUUGGGCCUUCGUCGAUAAUCAUUGGCGCUGAUGUCACCCACCCUAUGAUGGGUGUUUGGACUCCCUCACUGGCUGCAAUGUCCGUUUCAAAUGACCUCCAGGGAAUCAGCUACUGGGGCGGCCGUGAAGUGAACGGUGCCCGCAAGGAGAUCAUCUCUGAGACCAACAUCAGGGAUAUUUUGAAACCCUUCUUCAUCGAGUGGAUCAAGACGGUUGGCAAGAAGAGUCCUCCCGCCGUUAUCUACUACUUCCGCGAUGGCGUCUCGGAAACCGAGUACGAGGAGGUCCUCAACAAGGAAGUGAAGACCAUUCGCGAAACCAUGUCCAAGGCUGCAGGAGCAGAAUGGAAAGGAAAGAUGUGCGUCGUCAUAGCCAACAAGAGACACCACAUUCGGGCUUUCCCAGACUCCAAGGUUCACAACGACCGUGACAAGAACGGCAAUCCUCUCCCCGGCACUCUGGUUGACCGAGACGGCACCGCCCGCCCAGUCCACUACACCGUCUUGCUGGACGAAGUCAGGCACAAGCCGGAGCAUUUGAUCAACAUGAUCUACGAGCAGUGUUACCAGUAUGUUCGCUCUACGACUUCUGUCUCGGUCCACCCGGCCAUCUACUAUGCUCACUUGAUCUCCGUUCGUGCCCGUCACCAUGAGAACGUCAUGCUCAAGGGCAAGCCCGCUCAAUAUGGACGGGGCGUCAAGGUUAGCCGUGGAAUGUCUCACGCUAUGCAGGCGAAUCCCAAGGAGUCUGAUCGCGCCGAUAUUCCUUUGCUGCCCAUUGAUGACAGCAACGACAAUCAUCUGCCAUUGCGGAUGUGGUAUGUCUAA